AUGUGCACGUCGGCUGUUUUCUCCAUGCUCGAUCGGAAUGGUGACGACAAGAUCAGAUGGGAGGAGCUCCACAAGUCGCUGGAGAAUGAGCUCGACAAGUCAGAGGAGGAGCUGCGGGUGACGAUCAAGAAGAUCGAUGCUGAGGAGUUCAGCGCGCUGUACACGGCGGUGAUAGCUGACGACGGCGGCGAUGAGGACAUGAGCUUCAGCUUCCCAUGGUUGGGGACUUCUUCACCAAGCCCCUUGAGGGUUUUCCGUGUUCUUCGCAAACCAAGUAUAUGUCGGUCUAUCAUUUCCAUUGAAAUUUUAUCUCUUGGAGAUACCUCGACUCUAUAG